AUGUUAACUCUGAUAGUUUCUUUCCAGCCCUUUACAGAUUCUGUCAGACCUGCUCAGCUUUUCCAGCGACUUCUGUUUGCGUUGGAAUGCAGGUGGGCCCAGCCUGGGCGGGAGGGUCACCCAGGCAUGCGGCGGCUGCCUCGCGUGGGAAACGAAGUUCAGCAAAUACCCGGCCAAAGCACCGCAACAAAAGGGAGGCGUUGUAACGGAAAUCCUCACCCAACUCGCGCGGACCAGCCCGUCUCCACAGGCGACGCCCAAGCCCGGUCGCACCGACUGUCCAAGAUGGCGGAUCGGGGCCACGCGCCGGAGUUCAGCUGCGCGGAGGAGAGGGUCCUCGCGGAGGAGGGGCAGGCGGAGGAGGGGGCUCACGCGGAGCAGGGGCACGCGGAGGAGGGGGCUCACGCGGAGGAGAGCGUCCUCGUGGAGGGGGCUCACGCGGAGCAGGGGCACGCGGAGGAGAGCGUCCUCGCGGAGGAGGGGCACGCGGAGGAGGGGGCUCACGCGGAGCAGGGGCACGCGGAGGAGAGCGUCCUCGCGGAGGAAGGGCACGCGGAGGAGGGGGCUCACGCGGAGCAGGGGCACGCGGAGGAGGCGGCUCACGCGGAGGAGAGCGUCCUCGUGGAGGAGGCGGCUCACGCGGAGCAGGGGCACGCGGAGGAGAGCGUCCUCGUGGAGGAGGGGCACGCGGAGGAGGGGGCUCACGCGGAGCAGGGGCACGCGGAGGAGAGCGUCCUCGCGGAGGAAGGGGCUCUCGCGCUGGAGUUCUGCCUUGCGGAGGAGGCUGAUUUCCAGGAGGUAAUGGCCGUCUGCGGAGACGUCUACGGGGGCCUUGAUUUCCUGCCUGCCUGCUACCACGUCUGGAUCUGGGAUCCGGCCCGAAGGGUGAACCUGGCUAAAAAGAAGGGGCGAAUAGCUGCCCUCGCUUCAGUGUAUAUUGUGGAUGACGGGCAGACUGCGGUGGUGGAAGCGUUGAGGGUGGAGCUGCUGGAGAGAGGCAAAGAAAUUGCUAAGGUCAUCCAGGGCUAUUGCUUAAAACUGGUCCAGGCUCAGUUCCCAGAGGUCAAAGUAUGGCGCUUCACAAUUUUGGGAUGCUGAGAGUCUUCUUCAAUGCUUCCAUUUUUCCAGGAAGUGCUCGUUGUGCAGUUCAAGAUAGAAGAUACCCAAAUGAAGCUGGAAGCUGCUGUCACCCAGCUGAAGGAGAGCGGGAUGGAAUGGGAAGAUCCUGUCCUGCUUGGGGCCUCACAUGCCAAGCGGGUGUUCCUGAGCCCCAGGGUGGUGGACACGGUGCUGCCUGAGAAGACCAUCAUUCAUGACUGGGUUCCAUACAGGCCAUUGGAGAGCAACCCAAAGACGUUAGCGAGUCAAGACCUGAUCUGGAUGGCCGAUGAUAUAGAAGAGCCCACAGUCCUCAGCCUGGGCACUGCCCCCUACAGGAUACCCUUGGGGACUAGCUACCACCUUUUGAACAUUGCUACAUUUGGGAAGCAUUUCCCCAGGGCCAGAAACCAGCUCCUUGCUCAACUCCAGCAAAGAAUCAGCACCUUGGAGGGCUCAGUUUACUGCAUCUUUUGCUUUGAGCCAUCUGUGUCGCAGGACAUGCUUUCCUUCUGCCAGACUACCUUAGGACUCCAUAAGGAUCGAGACAUUGAGGGGCAAAAGUUGCUGGAGGCAGAUAUGUAGACCUUUAGGGGAAGGGUCUUCUAUCCUGUUGUUGCCAGUCCCUUCCUGUUUCUGGGCUCAGUCAAUUUUCCUGCCGUUUCUCUCAUGCUAUCACCUCAGAAUCAAGAGCGUUGUAAU